AUGCAUGGGGGAGGGGAUGGUGCAUUGGACGUGGGAAUGCAUGGGGUGGGAAUGCAUGGGGAGGGGAUGGUCACGGUGGUCGCCAUGGAGUCUCGGCGACCAAGGAGACCCGAGAGAAACCCAUUAGAUCUCAACAACUUGCCCGACGAUUACACAAGGGAUGGUAAACUGGUCUUUAAAGAAGGCUCCUCCUCUGGCUCUCGGAAAAAGAAAAGCGGCGGUAAGGAUGGGAAAGAAGAGUGUGGGAAGGUCUAUGAAUGUAGGUUUUGUUCCCUAAAGUUCUGCAAAUCUCAAGCUCUUGGGGGGCACAUGAAUCGCCAUCGCCAAGAAAGAGAGACAGAGACACUGAACCGAGCACGCCAGCUGGUCUUCAAUAACGAUAACUUGACCACCCAAGGGCAUCUAGGGUAUGCUCCUUCAACAUUCCAUCACUCCGAAAAAAAAUGUUCCAAUCAUUGCAGCUUUAGAUCAGUUUAUCCACCAGGAAUGUUCCCCGGUUCUUCAUCCACGGUCAUCCCACCACCACCGCCACAACCAUAUUUACACUCCAUUAACGAUUACUAUGUAGGGCAUGUCCUCGGUUCAUCCCAAUAUCCUCAGCGAAACUUAAACUACAUUGGUCCACAAGACCCUAACUACACUUGCUUCGGUGCUCCUGUCGGAUUCGGGCCUAGUCCACGUUGCGGCGGCGGCUCCGACUUCGGCGGAAGAGACUUGUCAACGAGCAGCCGGGAGGAGGGGCUGAAUUGGGAUCAGAGCUAUGCAGGAGGAAGUACACAGCAUCGCCUGGAGAAUCCUUCAGCGAUUAAUCGAUUUCAGAACGGAUUCUAA